UUUUUUUUUUUUUUUUUUGGCAACCUGGAUCAUGUUAGCACUACACUUAAACGAACUCUGCUCUACUAUGCAGUACUACUAGAAGUCAAGGAAAACUCCGAGGUGCAACUGAAACCAUGGACCAAGAAAUCCAAUCAUCCUACCAUCACCUCUUCUUGGUGGCGAUCCUGCUGCUGCCGCUCCUCGUCGUCAAGCUCAGGCGGCGCAACCACGGCAAUAAACCGCCUCCCGGCCCAUGGCAGCUCCCGGUGAUUGGCAGCCUGCACCACCUCGUGGGCGCGCUCCCGCACCGCGCCAUGCGUGACCUGGCGAAGCGGCACGGCCCGCUCAUGCUGCUCCGCCUGGGAGAGCUCCACGUCGUCGUGGCGUCGUCGCCCGACGCGGCCCGGGAGGUCAUGAAGACACACGACGCCGCGUUCGCAACGCGGCCCCGGACCGCCACCAUCCGGGAGCUCACCCGGGAAGGCCUCGGCAUCGCAUUCGCGCCGCACGGCGAGCACUGGCGCCAGCUCCGCAAACUCUGCGUCACCGAGCUGCUCAGCGCGCGGCGCGUGAUGUCCCUCCGCCGUGGGCGCGAGGCCGAGGCCGCCAACCUCGUCGCGUCCGUCGCGUCGUCAUCGAAGCCCGUGAACAUGAGCGCCCUCCUCGCCACGUACGUCACCGACGCGGUCGUCCGUGCCGUGGUGGGCGGCCAGAUCAGGGACCGCGACACGUUCCUGGAGAAGCUGGACGAGGGCGUCAGGGUGGCCGCGGGGUUCAGCCUCGCCGACGUGUUCCCAUCGUCCAGGAUCGCGCGAGCGUUCAGCGGGGCGGCGCGGCGCGCGGAAGCGCACCACCGCGCGAUGACACUGCUCAUGGACGGCGUCAUCGCGGAGCACCAGGAGAGGAGGGCGGCCGGUGCUGGAAACGACGAGGAAGACCUGCUAGACGUUCUACUGAGAAUCCAGAAGGACGGCGGCCUGCAGGUCCCCCUCGACAUGGGCACCAUCCGCGCCGUGAUCAUCGAUCUUUUCAGCGCGGGGAGCGAGACGACGGCGACGACGCUGCAGUGGGCCAUGGCGGAGCUGAUGCGGCAUCCGGCGGCGCUGCGCAAGGCGCAGGCCGAAGUGCGUCACGUGCUCGCCCGUCAAAACCGCGUGCCGGAGGACGCCCUGCCAAAGAUGCAUUAUCUGCAGCUGGUCAUUAAGGAGACUCUGCGUCUGCACGCUGCAGUGCCGCUGCUUCUCCCGCGUGAGUGCCAGGAGGAGACGCGCGGCGUCCUAGGGUACGACGUGCCCAAGGGUGCCAUGGUGCUGGUCAACGCUUGGGCCAUUGGCCGGGACUCCGCGAGCUGGGGCCCCGACGCCGAGGAGUUCCGGCCGGAGAGGUUCGAGGACGGCAGCGUCAGGGCGGAGGUGGACUUCAGGGGCACGAACUUCGAGUUCGUGCCGUUCGGCGCCGGACGGAGGAUCUGCCCCGGCAUAGCGCUUGGCCUCGCUGUCAUGGAGCUCGGUCUCGCUAGCCUCCUCUUCCACUUCGACUGGGCGCUCCCCGGUGGCGCUGUGCCGGAGGAGCUGGACAUGACCGAAGGGCUCGGAAUCACGGCGAGGAGGAAGAACGACCUGUGGCUGCAAACCACCAUAAGCAUUCCAGUUUCUCUAAUGUGAAUUGUGAACUGCUGUGUCACAUAUAAGGACUUGCUCGGUUUGAUGUUAAUCCGUGUGUAUUAGGUGUGUAUUAGGUGGGAUUAAGGGCUUGUUUGUUUCAGCUUAUAGAUUAUAUAAUCUGGAUUAUAAUCUAAAUUAUAUAAUCUAGAUUAUAACCUAGACAUAUUAUAAUCUACAUGUAGUUGUUUGGUAGUCUAGAUUAUACAAAUAUAUAUUAUUCAUAAAGACAGUAAUACCCAUGUUUGUUUGUUUGAGGUAA